AUGAACCCCCCCAAACGCGACAAUGCUACCGUGACGCGGAGGGAUCCAAACUCCACCGCUAUCCCCAAGUCGAAGCGCCGACCAGGGCGCAUCUUCAAAAACCCGAUCCGAAGCAGCUCAGCGCGCCCCUCUCGGUCGAGAUCUGGUCCCUACGAUCGCCCCUCCAACUCGCCCAAGCCCGGAAUAUCGCGCCCAUAUAAGUCGCGCCGGAUGUUGUCCCUGGUUGAGGCUCUCCCUGUCGAGAUCAUCGAGCAAAUUUUCUUGUACUCGCUGAAUCUCAACUUCCCCCGGGCUUCGCCAUUUCUAUCCCGCGCCCUCUCCGGUGAACACAUCUACCGCGCUCUCAUCCUCCUCGCGUUCUGGGAUGAUCCGCCCAGCUACCCCGGUAGCAAGGCUAUCGAUCGCAUGAUGGUCCCGCUCGACUACGUUCCUUUAUCGCUGGAAGAGCGCACCCGAUUGCAGGAAGCCGUUUUCAAGUGCAGAUGGUGUACAAUGGACCGGGUGCGCGAGCAGAUCCCGACGAUGCAGAUCCUGGCAAUCCACCGUCACUGGAUCAACGCUGGGAUUGUGACAAGGGAAGACCAGCAGGCCCAGCUUGAGAAGUUGCUCAAUCGCAAGGAUGAUACCAUUCGAACUUUCCAUGGCAAGGGCCCGGCGCUGGAAAGGAUCGCUCGUCUGCUCGAAGCGCAGCAAUCGUCUACUUUCUCCGAGUUGGCUCCAAAUGCGAAACAACCAGGCCUUCACGAUUUUGAGCUUCGUUUAAUGCCCAUGGUCAACACCCAGGUGAUAUCUCCAAACAUGAAUGCUGUCAUCAAUUUCCCUGCCCUGAAUCUGUGCAGAUUCCCGUCCCAUCUCCUUCGAGGGCGCAGCAACGGUUUCCUGGCAGACGACGUCGCAUUCUUGGAGAUGUUGCGUAUGAGUUCGUGCAAUUGGAUAUCCACAGAGGAUACAUGUCCCUUAACCACGACAAAAGUCGAUCGUAAAGCCCUGAAUGAAGGAAUCCAGAACGCGAUCCGUCAUCAGAACUUCAACGCCAUGCUUUCUCUUCUCAAAAUCGACGAGUUUGUCUUCCGACGUAGUGCAGAGACCAAAGGCCUGCCCGUUUUCUAUACCAUCCCGCCGGAGCAUUUCCUCGCUGUGACUCGCACCGGCCGCGACAAACCACAUCUCAACCUGGCUUUCUUUGAGACUCUCCUCCGUGCAAGUGCCGAGUCUGUACCCAGCCACUCGCCCGAGAUCACGCGGUGGAUUGUCGAUAACAUGGAGCUCGCCAAGAAGAAUCCGAAUGUUUACAACGAGAUCAAUGGGAAGUUCGCGCGUUGGUUGUCGAAUUUCAUAUUGCGUCUCCCUCAACAAAUUGAUUAUGCUUCCGAUUUCCCGAUGGGCCAGCUAUUCUGUGGCGGUCAAUUGGAUAUCAUGGAUCUUGAAGGCUGUCACUUUUUCGAGCAGGUUCUUGAACCCUUCCGUGAACCUCUAGGGAAUUGGUUCAAGGAGAGUUCGUUCCGGACUGAGGAUUACUGGUUGAAGAAGCCUGGUCCUCCUCUUCCAUGA